AUGAAGACAAUGAUGAGCACUUUUUCAAAUAUUUCUCAUAACUUUAGAGUUACCUGUAAAUCUGAAUAAUCAAUAACCCCUUAACGAGUGCCUUAUAAGUAAUUGUAUUUAUUUGCAUUUUUAGUGGAGGGUCGUAAUAAAAUUGUUUAUCUAAAAAAUCAUAUACUAGCAAUAAUUUAAUAGAAAGUGUUUUAAUUGAGUACAAGUAGCUUUGUGCAUGGGUAAUUAGAGAAAUAAAUUUGAAAAUAGAUCAUAAUUAAAUGAUUAGUAAUAUAAAUAGGCAAUUAUUUUAAUUUGAAAGGUUUUUAGCAAAAAAACUAGAUGGUUAUGGUUAAGAAAUAUAAGCAUUAAAAUUGGUUCAUUAAGAACAUCAAUCUACAAUUCAUAAAUUAAGUUCUACAAAUUUAGAUUUGAAAAAUAAGUUAAAAUAAAUCUCAAAUAAUAGUAAUGAUGAUUAAAUUUCAAAUGCUCCUUUAAAGAAAAGAUAAAACUAUUCAAUAGAAUUAAUAACAAAAUAACCAUUAAGAAAUACAAGCUAUUCUUUAUAAGAGCCUAAUUGUGAUAAAGAAAAUAGAGAAACAUUCCAAAAAAAAAAGUCUUUGAAACCUAAGUUUAAAAUUUGA